AUGUGGCUGUCAUGCCUCAAGACUCUGUUCAUUUGCGAACUGUUUUACCCCCUGAUUGUGCUGAGAUUGCUGAUGCAAUGCCUCUCCUUUAGUGAAACUAACCUUGACAAUCUCUACCCUGAACUCAAAAACACUAUUGUAGAAGCCACUCCCAUUGCUGUGGAGAUCUAUGUUAACCCUACUACAAAUCCUGCCAUGGAUCCUUUGGUGAUGGGCACUAUUGGUUACACAUCUGGUGACUACACCCCUCAUAAUUUGAAGGUUAUGAAACCGGAAGUAUUAGCCCGUGUUAUUGAUGAUCCUGGCUUGCUCACUUACUUGUUUCCAAAUUUGGACCCAUGGGGUAUUGGUGGCUUCAAUGAGCUGAACCGCAGACCUGACCAGAUAUCUUUUGACAGGCAAGCUGAAGUGAACAAGAACACUUCAUUUGCUAUCAGCCAACAUGAACAAAAUUCCAUUGUGGAGGAAAUGCAAUCUGUCAGGCCCAUGCUUACUGACAUGAUUGCUACCUGGGAGUGUAAUUCAAACACAAAGCCAUCUAACCAGCAACAAAAACAAGCCUUGAAGUUGCUCCAGUGUUUAAAGCACGCAGCUAAAGACCUGAAGGGUAGUUUUGCUGGCCUCACUCCCAAACAAUGGGCAAACAUGACUGCUUUUGAGUGUGGAGUUUUUGUGUCCAAUAACCCUGGCUCUGCAGCCAUCUUUUUUGACACUCUCAUUAAAGCAUUCUUGACCAUUGUUGUAAGAUAUGGUUGUGGUGCUGGCCUUUUUGGUACAUGUCUCGCACACUAUGGGAUGGUUGAGGCGCAAGGCCGUGGAUCCCUUCAUUGCCACAUGUUGCUGUGGUUAAAAGGAAAUCUGGCUCCACAAGACUUGCAUGACCAUAUGUCAGCAGAUGAUGGGUUCAAGACAUUGAUGUUCACCUGGUUGGAGUCUAUCAUCCAUAGUCAUCUGCCCGGAGAGGAUGCUCUUCAAACCAAGACCCCUGGAGAACCUCUGCAUAGACCUUGCAAAGCUCACAUUGCUGACCCUUGCCUGAAUGACGAACUGAAAUCUGUAAACAUGACAAAUGAGGAUUUUGCAAUUGCAUUCUGCCAAACUGUCAGAGAUCUAGCAAUUGAGUGCAAUUGGCACAAACACACUGACACAUGUUGGAAAUACUUGAAACCUGACAUUAAGUUUAUCAGCUCUGGAGAAUCUGCUAAAGCUUUUGUCUAUUAUGUGACCAAAUACAUAACAAAGAGCUCUUUGGCCGCUCACAUUAGUUUGGCGGCUGUGUUGUAUGCCAUUCAACAAAACAAUAAAAAAUUUCAGGGUCUACAGCCCAUGGCUGGCACUGUCAACAAAAGUUGGUUUACCAAAACAGUUAACGCCAUUAUGACUAGACAGGAAUUGUCCCACCAACAAGUGAUGAGUUACUUGGUGGGCGGUGGUGACCACUACACCAGUCAUACAUAUAAAAUGAUCAAAUGGCAACAAUUUGAUAAAUAUAUGGCCACUCACUUUAAGGCUUCACAGCAGGAUGACUUGAGCUCUCAUUCCAUCCAACUUGAAGAUGAUAGCAGUCAGAUCGGACCUGAAAUUGAGCUCUACAUUGAUGAUGAUCUUCACAAACUUCCAGAAACAGAUUUCUGA